GUCGGAUAUAAAGCAAAGAGAGGAGCAAGAAGAAGAAAGGAAAAAAAAAAGACUGCUGCGCUGUGUUGCACGAUGGAGGUCCAGAAAACGACACCUAACCUCGUCCGAAUCAAAUCAACAUGCUCACCAACUAUGACCCAGAGGCAAACAGCCCUAAUCUUGUAUUAGGGCUUGGAAACGACCCGACUCUUCAGCAAAAGACAGAACUGGAACGCAUGGGAAGAGAGAGGCCAAAGGUCUUUUCGACGGCCCUCGAAGAGGUUCUCUUCGUUGCCUCCAUGGUCAUGUCCAUGUUGAUGUCGGAAUACUUCGUCUCUGGCUUCAACAUCUUUCUGCCUCUGGUGUCGGUCGAGUUGCACAUUCCUGAUAGUGCACAAGUCUGGCCAUCCAGUGUCUUCUCGCUUGUAACCGGAUCCUUUCUCCUCCCCUUUGGACGAAUCGCAGAUAUCUACGGUGGCUUCAUCGUCUUCACCGGCGGCCUGGUCUGGUAUCUCGUCUGGACCAUUAUCGCCGGCUUCAGCCAGAACUACCAUAUGCUCAUCGCCGCCCGGGCCCUGCAGGGGUUUGGUCCCGCCGCGUUCCUCCCAGCCACGAUGAUGAUCCUUGGGAAGACGUACCGGCCUGGUCCGCGAAAGAAUCUCAUCUUUGGCAUCUAUGGCGCCUUUGCACCGCUGGGGUUCUAUCUGGGCAUCAUCAUGGGCGGUAUCACGGGCGACCUGCUGUCGUGGAGAUGGUACUUCUGGCUCGGCGCAAUUAUCAUCUUCGUCGUGUGCCUGGGCGGCACCUACAGCAUCCCGAGAGAUAUGUCCAAGACAGUUGGCGGCGACAUGGACUAUUGGGGCGUCGUGAUCACCGUGCCGGCUCUCGUCCUCAUCGUCUUCGCGCUGACGGACGGGGCACAUGCGCCAGAGGGCUGGAGGACAAGCUAUAUCAUCGCCACUCUUGUGCUGGGUGUUUUGCUGGUCGGAGUCGCCACGUACGUCGAGGGUUGGGUCAGCUCUCAUCCCCUCCUCCCAGGAAGUCUCUUCAAGCCAAAGCACAUGAAAACUCUUGUUGUGUCCCUCACUUUUGCAUACGGGACUUGGGGAGUCUUUAUGUAUUAUGCAAGCUUCUAUCUCACCAACGUCAUGAAAUACAGCACGCUCCAGACAGCACUCGCCUUCACACCCAUGGCCGCGGGCGGUGUCAUCUUGUGCACCGUUGGCGGCUUCACCCUGCACAUCCUUCCAGGCCGCCUGCUCCUCGUGCUCUCGGGUGCAGGCUAUCUGAUCAGCGUACUCAUGUUCGCACUGAUCCCAGAGAACGGCUCGUACUGGGCCUAUAUCCUCCCGGCCAUGAUCGGGUCGACCGUUGGCAUUGAUAUCACAUACAACGUCACUAAUGUCUUCAUCACGACAAACGUCCCCGCCAAGAACCAGGGUGCGGCAGGAGCCUUGAUCAAUACACUGCUAUUCCUCCCCAUCAGCUUGUUUCUUGGGCUGGCCGACGUGGUGGCUGCGCACUAUGAGCCUAUGGGGGAGAGGACCAGUUAUAAGGCUGCUUUAUGGUUUGGUACGGGCUGUGCUGUGGCUGCACUUGUUCUGUUCUGCUUUAUAGACACGGGAAAAGCGGAGAGCCAGCUUCGGGUUGAAGAGCGAGAGCAGGGACAGCAAGGGAAGAGCAAGACGUAAACAUGUGGCAAGAGUUGAAAAAUGAGUUAGACCGAUACACAUAAAAGCGUAUAAAGUAGUAUCAUAAAUUAGUAAAUACUCAGAUCUCACGUUCAUUCAUC